CGUAGCGCAAUUAAAAUAAUUUCACUUAAUAUCAAAAUAGAAGAUCGUCCGUUAUGUAGGAGAGCCUACAUACCAGAACGCUAACACACGUAAACUGAUGCUUCCUUGACAGCUUCGUUCAUCACCGUGCAAUCUGAAUGCGUUUGUGUGAUGUCAUACAACCCUAAAAUUGGAGAUAACUAGACUUUGUUUAAUUCUGUCAUGUUGUGGGAACCUUAGAAACUUCAACAUGGCGGAAGUAGAAGAAGUCCGAUCUGAAGUAGCCCGAGUGUCGGGGUUUGUUUUGGGAUCAUUAAUAUUCCAACAGCAUAACAGCGACUCCAACACAGAAGGAUUUCUUCUUGGUGAAAUUAAGGCUGAAGCAAAGAACAGUAUUACGGAUUCACAGAUGGAUGAUGUUGAAUUCACUUACAUAAUAGACAUACAGAAAUUCAUACCAUGUUACAAUCUUCACAGUUUUUACAGUUCGGUUUAUGAGAUAGAUGAACCUUCUGUGAAGAAAUACUUGUCUGAUCACAAAAAGGAUGUUGUUGGUUGGUACAAAUUCAGGCGCAAUACACGUCAGGAAAUGACCUUCCAAGAGAGGGUGCUGCAUAGAAAUCUGCAGAAUUAUCUGUCUAAUCCUGAACUCGUGUUUUUAUUAACUACAACUAGUACAACUUCAGAUAAUAAUUCUACACAUAGGUUGGAAUAUGCUAUACAUAAACCUCAAGAGAGUAUUUCCCUGAGGGUCCCUUUGGUAGUCACUAAUCUUGGUUUGUCAGAACUGCAAGAUUACAAAACUGUCUCAGGCUCGUGCACCUCUUCUGCCUUCAGCCGUGCAGUUAAAAAACACAGGUCAGACUUUUUUAAUGAAGACGGAUCAUUAAUAGAAGUCACUAAAAUUAACAAGAUGUACUCCACGCUACAGGACGAAUUGAAGAAAAUAUGUUCGAAGGUGGAGGCCAGUGAAAGAUCUGUACAGCGUCUCUUGGAUGAUGUAAAUAGCCUGAGAAAAAGAAUAGCUGAAAAGAAAAUGCAAUGCAUUUCAGACAAAAGUAAGGAAGAAAAAGAUGAAAAUGUUUUCCUUUGCCAGGCCCUCAAGACUUUCUUCCCAGGAUCUGAACUCCUGCAAGCACGAACCCUUACCUUCAGAGGUAGAUACAUUCCUAAAUACUGUUGUAGAAUUGAUCAUGGUAUCAACAUUACAGACCAACUCACAUUAAUGAUGGGUGAAAGCAAUGUUCUAAGGAAAAAGACUACACAUUUGAGAAAACGCAAGACGGAUCCUUCUGAGAACCAAGAAAAGUCAGUCAAGAAGUCACGACUGAGCCGUAAAUUGUCAGAUACUGGGGAUAUAGACAGCAGUGAUAUGGAAAAAUUAACACUUAGUGGUACUGAGACUGAAGAUGACCUGCUUGAUGUAUGCCGUGGUGAAAGAGAAGGUACUCAGUCACCCACCUUUUGAAGAGCUAUAUCCAUGUGGCUGUUCUGGACAUUUUAAUUAAGCUCUGUUUUGCCAGACACACAAUUUUACACUGAAGUAUAUAUUUUUUUUCUUUUAUUUACAUUUUAAAAUUUUAUUGUGAGCUUUAGCUGUUAAGAGUUGAAUGCAGUCACCAGUACUAUCAUAUGCUAAACAUCAGGAAAUAAUCAGAGCCACUGCACAAAGCAGCUGAAGAUGACACAGAACGUUAAGAUGAAAUAUUAAAAUUUAAUGCUGUACAAGUUCCUCAAAACUCCUAUCGAUAAAAUCUGUUUUUUAAAGUUUCA